AUGGCUUCCCUUCAAGAACAAUCACCCCAAGACGCUCCUCACCUGAACUUCCGGGCCUUUGUCCAAGCACUGAAGGAUGACAACGAUCUCGUCGAAAUAAACGAAGAAUGCGAUGCUGAUCUGGAGGUCGGCGCCAUCAUUCGCAAGGUUUGCGAGAAUGAUGAAAGAGCUCCCCUCUUCAACAAGCUGAAAGGCCAGAACGAAAACGGCCUGUGGCGUAUCCUGGGUGCUCCCAACUCUCUCAGGUCUGACCCGACGCAGAAAUACGGUCGUCUUGCUCGACACUUGGGUUUGCCACCUUCUGCUACGAUCAAGGACAUCCUCGACAAAAUGGUUGCUAGCAAGACAGCCACUCCUAUUCCACCCGUCAUGGUCGAGAAUGGCCCUUGCAAGGAGUUCCGUCUCACUCCAGACCAAUUUGAUCUCACCACGCUGCCGGCUCCUCUUUUGCAUCAGUCCGAUGGAGGAAAAUAUGUCCAGACAUACGGCAUGCAUAUUGUCCAGUCACCUGACGGGAAGUGGACAAAUUGGUCCAUCGCGCGGGCUAUGGUUUACGACAAACAGCAUUUGGCGGGCUUGGUUAUCGAGCCUCAACAUAUCUGGCAGAUUCACCAGAUGUGGAAGAAAGAAGGAAAAGACAUGCCAUGGGCCCUGGCAUUCGGUGUGCCCCCAGCUGCUAUAAUGGCGGCUAGUAUGCCUCUGCCUGAUGGCCUGUCCGAGGCAGAGUACAUCGGGUCUCUUGCUGGCUCGCCAAUUGAGGUUGUCAAGUGCGAGACCAACGAUCUCCUGGUUCCCGCCAACUCUGAGAUUGUUUUCGAGGGAGUUUGCUCGAUAACCGAUAGGGCUCCAGAGGGCCCUUUUGGCGAAAUGCAUGGUUAUACCUUCCCUGGGGAUUCCCACCCCCAGCCCAAAUAUCGGGUCGACAUGAUCACACACAGAAAAGAUGCUAUCCUGCCAGUGUCUAACUGUGGACGUUUGUCAGAUGAGACACACACAAUGAUUGGCCCUCUCGCCGCCGCCGAAAUUGGGUAUCUGCUGAAGUCUCAAGGCAUUCCUAUCACUGAAUCUUUUUCGCCAUUGGAGUCCCAGGUCACUUGGGUUGCUCUACAGGUUGAUACCACAAAGCUACGAGCAUUGAAGACUACACCAGAAGAAUUUUGCCGCAAAAUUGGCGACAUCGUAUUCAGCCACAAAGCCGGGUACACAAUUCAUCGACUUCUCAUCGUUGGCGAGGACAUCGACAUCUACAACUUCAAGGAUGUCAUUUGGGCCUUCUGCACCCGUUGUCGUCCCGGAACUGAUGAAUACAACUUCGAGAAUGUUCGUGGCUUCCCCCUCAUUCCUUACAUGUCUCAUGGGAACGGGCCAAAGACGAUGGGAGGCAAGGUGGUUUCGGAUUGUUUGCUGCCUGUCGAGUAUACGACAGGCAAGAAUUGGGAAACAGCUGAUUUCGAGGAGUCCUUUCCUGAAGAUGUUAAGGCGAAGGUGCUUGAGAAGUGGGAGACCUUGGGCUAUAAGAAGUAG